UUGUGUUACCAGGAAAACCAGCAAAGACUGCACGCUAUGAGAGACAGGAAAACAGAGAACGGCAAAGGACUGACAGUACACCUGCGAUGGAUGAGACAGCUAUUGAGCCAGCAGAUACAACACCUUGUAUUGCUUUUGUUGCUGUUUCAGCUGCAUGAUGCACAUUUAGCUAAAAUAUUUCCUUAUUUGAUCCACAGUGGAGACUAGGGAUGCACAGAUACCGAUACUGGUAUCGGUAUCUGGCCCGAUACCACGUGUUUGUACUCGUACUUGUAUCCGUAAAUGUGUUCCGAUAUUACAGGACCGAAUACUAGCAUACAUUUCUCUUUAACAGAAAGCAUUAGUUUGCGAUCAGAUACUAGAGAAGAAGACAAAGCAGCGAAGAAGAACGCAGUGUGACGUCAAGAACAUGCCAGCCAGACUAUAGCGCAGGAGGGAGCAAACACAAAAAGGGAGUUAGCCAUGUCCGCUAUUUGGAAAUAUUUUCAAGUUAACCAGGACGACAAAAGUAAGGCUGUUUGCAAAAUAUGUAAAUCAAAAUUAUCAAGGGGAGGAACAAACCCUAACAGUUACAACACAAGUAACCUGAUAAAACAUCUUAAAACGUAACACGACGCAGAACACAAGGAGUUCUCUCAUGGCGGUGGGAAAAUGCAACAACAAACUUUGCCGCAAACGCUUAAGAAGCGGGAGAAGAUGUCCAGAGACAACCCACACGCAAUGAAGAUAACAGAAGCCCUUACCCAAUACAUUGCCCUCGAUGAUCAGCCAUUAUCCGUCGUUGAAAAUAUUGGAUUCCGACGUCUUCUGAGUGUGCUGGAGUCGAGGUACGAAAUUCCUAGUCGCCAAUACAUCACUGCUGCCGAAGCUAUACGACUUUGUGAAGAGACACGUCCAAAGCCUUUUGCAAGACGUUUCAGCGAUUAGCUUGACAACUGAUAUCUGGACGAGCAGCGUUAGCCCGGUGUCACUCAUUAGCCUAACUGCGCAAUGGGUUGACAAAGAUUUUACCCUGCAGAGGGCUGUCUUGCAUGCAAAACAUUUUCGGGGAUCACACACUAGCCAAGCCAUCGUGGAUGUGUUUGAUGAGAUGCUCCGGAAGUGGGGCGUUCCCAAAACUUUGAUUCAUGUUGUGCUACGUGAUAAUGCUAAAAACAUGAUAAAAGCCAUGACGGAUGCCGGACUUCAGAGCCUUCCAUGUUUCGCGCACACACUCCAGCUGGUGGUUAACGAGGGGCUUCUGGUCCAGAGGAGUGUAACUGAUGCUGUCACUAUUGGUCGGAAAAUCGUAAGACAUUUUAAACACUCAACGUUAGCUUACUCCCGGCUGGAAGAUAUACAGCUGCAGCUCAACCAACCAACAAAAAGAUUGCAACAGGAUGUACAGACCCGCUGGAACAGCACGUUUUACAUGUUACAGUCUCUCAUUGAGCAGAAGCGUGCUCUUGGAAUAUAUGGUUCUGAACACGAGCUUCCAGAGAAUCUCGCCGCUCACCAGUGGGCACUUUUGGAAAAAACUGUUGUUGUUCCGGCUCCGUUUGAAGAGCUUACAAGAAAAGUAAGCUGCUCUGAUGCAUUGGCAUCAGAUGUGGUCCCUGCUGUGACUGUGCUUCUGAGAAUCCUGAACAGAGAAACUGAAGAAGAUCAGGGUAUCAAAACAAUGAAGUCGACCUUAGCUGCAGCUGUGAAGAGGCGCUUCACUGACAUGGAGAAGAUCCCCCUCUACUGCAUUGCAACUCUACUGGAUCCAAGGUACAAAGAUCGUUUUUUCUCAAACGUCAACAUUGCCAUGCAGGCCAAAGAAAUGCUGAAGGUGGAGUUGCAGAGUGUGAAUACAAGGAGAAUCUGGAAGAGCCACCUGCCAGAAGGCUUCGUAUGACACAAGCUAGCAGCAGUCUGGACAGAGUGUUUGAGGAGAUAACCGAAGAACAAAAGUCAUCUUCACAAAGCUAUGCCACCCCAGUGGGUGCUGCCAUUCAGUUAGAGACCUACCUUGGAGAGACUACAAUUCCUCGAGAAGAAAACCCACUGCAGUUCUGGGGUGUUAAUAAAAUGCGGUUUCCUGCUUUGGCUAAAAUAUCCC